GAUGCCAAAGACCUUCGCAUACUUGUAGUUUAGAUCGAACCAUGCAGAGUUCAGGCUUACUCUGGAUUGUAUCUCUCACCUGCUUCCUAAUUGCCUUAGGAUCCCUUGCAGAGGCAUGUCCAAAGCAAGAACCCUGUCCGAGAAGAUGUCCAUUUAGGUACAAGAAGGACGCAAAUGGAUGCAGAACUUGUCAAUGCUGUCCUGUCUUGCGCUGUCCAUUUUGCUGGAGGGGAUAUAUUAUAGGCAAGGAGGAGAACCAGUGUAUGUCAUGUCAUUGUAAAUGGGGACUUUGAAGAAUUGUCCGCCAUCCCAUACACCAAAUUAUCAACGUCGUCUCACUUUCCGUGAAAAUUCCGUUCAUACACUUUUCAAUUUGCAUUGCAGGGCUUUUUAAUGCCACUGAUAUAAAUUUUGAAAGGAAACCACAUGUAUGUUUGAUUUAUAUUUAUUUGAAUCAAGCUUAAAGAGGCUGGGGGUUGUGGCCAUUUUUAGACUAUAUUGAUCUCCUUUAGAAGAAGAGCUCCAUAUGAAGAUAUAGAAAAUGAUCAAAUUUUAAAACUAAAAUUUUUGAAAUUUUUCUUU